AUGCUCGCUGCACUGCGUUCUUCCUUGUCCGCGCUUUUGGCAGUUUCGGUUCUCUUGACUUGUGGCGCAUACGCUUCACCGGUCAUCCCUGAGGGUCUCAGCCCAGCCGCUCGCGAGGUUCUCUCCCGUGCAAAACAUGCGUCCAACAGCACCAAUGCCGCUGCCGCUACGCCUGCCCCGCCUCACUGGGUCGUCUACAGUGACAGGUUUGUAUCUGGCGAGACAGGCCCUCCGGCACCAUCGGUCGUCCAGGGCUUCAAUGUCUUUAUUUUGUCCUUCCUUCUCACGGAGGGAGCGUUCGAUAAGGCUGAAGAGUGGACUCAACUCACGGCGGCGGAGCGCACCAGCGUGAAAGCCGAGUAUGCAGCUGCUGGGAUCAAGCUUAUGGUCUCCGCCUUCGGCUCCACCGAUGCGCCCACUUCUACCGGUGCUGAUCCGGUCGGUGUUGCAAACACGUUCGCUGCAUGGGUCAAGGAAUUCGAUCUCGACGGCAUUGACGUGGACUACGAAGAUUUCAAUGCGAUAGAUGCCGGGGACGGAAAGGCCGAGGCAUGGUUGACAACUUUCACGACGCAGCUUCGGUCGCAACUCCCGUCCGGUUCUUUCAUCAUCACCCACGCGCCUGUUGCCCCGUGGUUCUCGCCAGGUAAAUUCGGUGGAGGAGCUUAUCUGACCGUGGACAAAAAUGUGGGAAGCUUGAUUGACUGGUAUAACGUCCAAUUCUAUAAUCAGGGUACAACCGAAUAUACAACGUGCUCCGGCCUCCUUACAACAUCCUCGAGCACCUGGCCAAAUUCGGCUUUGUUCCAAAUCUCCGCUUCCGGGGUGCCCAUCAACAAGCUUGUUAUCGGAAAACCUGCUAACUCGGGUGAUGCAUCGAAUGGUUUCAUCGAUCCGACGACGCUAGCGGGAUGCCUUUCUCAAGCAAAAGCGAAAGGCUGGAGCGCAGGUGCCAUGGUCUGGGAGUUCCCGGAUGCCGCCGCAUCGUGGAUCCAGACUGUACGCUCUCAAUCCUUCCCAGAGUAA